ACCUUCCCCUCACACCGAGUGAAGGGUUGUGCUUUAAAGUUUGGAUAGAAACGUCUGUGAAGGAAAACAGGGAACAAGAGUGGCUUGUCGAUGAGCAGACAGGGUGUUUUCUAACCAGUCUGUCCGCCCUGUUCACAGGCCCUUAGGGACACCAGAAUGAGCUUUGCGUUGGCAAAGGGCCGUCUGGAGGUCCUUCAGAUCUGCCGCUUGCUGCAGUGGAUCCAUAAAGGAGACAAGGUGGAGAUAGAGAAGAUGGUGAAGCUUGGGGUGAAGAACCUCAUUAACCUCACAGAGCCACAGGACGGCUUGGGUGUGCUUCAUCUGGCAGUUUCAGCCAAUAAUAGCGACCUGGUUGACUUCCUCCUCACCCUUGGAGCUCAUCCCGACGUCCAAGACAUGCUGGGCCGUACGCCUGCUAUGUUGGCUGCUGAACUGGGCAACAAGGAGAUUUUAUCGCUGCUGCUCCAGAAGCAACCUGACAUGAGGCUAGUGGACACUGAGGGCAAAGGCGUGCUGUUCUACUGCAACUACCCCACCAAGCGUCACGCCCGCUGUCUUCAAAUGGCACUGAAGAACCAGGCUGAUCCUAACAAUGUUUCUGUGAAAGGGGUCCAUGUCCUUAAGCUGAUGUGUGAUAAAGCUGAUGAGUGUACCCCCUUGUGUCUCCUCCUGCUGGAAGCUGGUGCAGACCCUAAUGCAACAAAUAAGGAAACUGGUGUGACAGCGUUAAUGGAGGCAGCCCAGACAGGCUCCCUGCCAGUUGUUCGAGACAUUCUCAGGAGGGGUGGAAACCCUAAUACCCUGGAUAAAAAGCGCUUCAAUGCAGCACAUUAUGCUGCCUUGAGCGGCUGUUUUGAGGUCAUUCAAGUGUUGUCAGCAUUUGCAGCAGAUAUGGAUGUGAUUAACAUGGAUAACUGUACACCUUUACACUACGCCGCUGCCACAGGCCAUGCCAACUCCUGCAAAUUCUUAGCUCAGAGAGGUUGUAACCCUAAACUGAAGAACAAGGAAGGUUUGCUGCCACGUCAGAUUGCCAAAGACUCCGGUCACAAAGCAGCAGCCAAGGAGCUGAGGAAAGCCGAGAGGCAACAUGGGAAGGGCAAAAAAUCGGACAGUAGCACCUUGAUGUCAGAUCUCUGGGCUUUGACCCUUCAUGAUUGGUCAAAUGAGUAUGAGGCUGAAUUAAGGGAAGCAUUUGGGGACAAAUUGGGCACAGUUGACACAGAGACCUUUCUGACAGUGUUAGAGGAGCUAAUCGCUCCGGUUGAACUAUCCCAACUCCAUAUGGUUAUCUUAGCCCACGACAAGAAAGGAGAAGGCAAUAUCAACGUGACUGACUUCAUCAAAGGCGUCAGAUACAUCAAGAAAGCCUUCCGGCUUUCUGUGUACACGUCUCAUAAGAAAAAGAAAGAAAAGGGAGGAAAGGGGGGUAAGAAAAAGAAGGGUGGAUUUGUCCUCCCCAUCCCCAUUUGCACCAUCGUACCAGAGCUCAAGCCUAGACGACCUGAUGGAGGCCCUCCUCACUUCAUGAUUGAGAAGUACCAGAAUUUAUCAGAUAUUCACCGGUUUGACCAUGACCACCCUCCGGAGCAUCCCAUAGUCAAUGACUCAGGAUGGUACAAAGAGAAGCCAAACAAAAUUUACAUAAACAUCAACUACUGUGUGACGAAUGGAGAUCUGGAGUCUCUGGACCUCGCCUUCAGUCAAGGAGUGCCUGUUGAUGUUCAGGAUGAAUAUUAUAAGACCCCACUGAUGGAGGCCUGCUCUAGUGGCAACUACGAGGUGGCUCAGUACCUUCUGAGCAAGGGGGCUGAUAUGAACCUGUGUGACCAGUUCUUUUGGACGCCCCUUCACCAUGCGGCUCACGCGGGACAUUUCGAAAUUGUCGAGCUUUUGGUCAAGGCUGGGGCCGCAGUCGACGCAAAGGCCCUCAGCGAGGGCACACCGCUCAUGAGAGCCAUCGAGAGGUCCAGCUUCUCGUGUGUGGACUUCCUCAUCAAGGCGGGGGCCAAAGUCAAUGCAGAGAGCAAGAAAGGACAAAACUGCCUGGAAAUGGCCAUAAGUUUUGGAGAUUCAAAGAUAGUGAAGCUGAUAGAAGACGAGAUGAGCUCUCUGCCAGAAAUCAAAACCGCAAAAGGAACAGCAGCCAAAUCUAACCCUGCUAAAAAGAAGGUGGCUACUAGAAAUUGGGCUGUGCAGAGUAAGACAAUGACUGAGACAUCAGGGAAGACCCCCACACAGAUUAAUUCCAAGAGCAUCAUCCUCUAUAACAGCAGGAUCGCUGCAGGAAAAGCUAACACAGUGGAUAUCAGCUUUGUGCCAAAAACUGUUUGGGGUAAACCCCCCAGCACCAGCCAGCUGAUGUCAAACAUAGAGAGACAAAAGGAGCGCCUAACCCUGGAGGUGGACUUUGAUGACUUGCUGAUGCCUUUCAGCCAGCGCUUCCAGACCAGGAUCCUGGAGAUAACAAAACCAAAGACUAAACUGGAGGAAAGACAGAGACAAGUGUCAUAAUAAUGUUACUCGUUUUAUGUUGUCAUCAUUCUUGCCUUUUUUGUUUUUGUUUUAGUUUUUCUAUAUUCUUGACAUCUAACAUGAAAAAAACACAUCCAGUAUAUGCCUAUUCCGGUCUAUGUGAUUUUAAUAACUAGCUCACAAAGCUAUAGAGAUAAUGAGAAUAAUAAGUAAUGAAGUGAAAAUAAAAGGUUUUUUUCUUUUAGUGUUCUGGGACUGUUUUUGUUAUUUUGCAUUUAGAUUUUAGGAUCUUCUCUUCUUGAGCCAGUUUCCAGUUUGGCUACAGAAGCCGAUAGAAUGUUCACCCAUGGUCCCUUGCCAAAUUAUUCCUACCCUUUAAUGUUUUUUGGGUUUUUUUCAUUAUUGCUCUGGCUGAAUGUUCAGAGUUGUCCGCCUAGAAGGUGAUCAUCUGCCCUAGUCUAAGCCAUUUGCAGCCCCAACAAGGUCCAUGGUGGUAAAGCUCCAUGAGUCUUCCCAUCAACUCAUACCGGCUACUUGUCCCUGCUGGAGAAACGCAUCUCCACAGAAUGAUGCUGCCACCACCAUGUAGGAUUGUAGGGAUGGUGUGUUCAGGGUGAAGUGCAGUGUCAGCUGUCUGCCACACGUAAAAUUUUGCAUGUAGGCCAAAACGUUUCAUUUUGUUCGCAUCUGUCCAGAGCACCUUCUUCCAUACGUUUGCUGUUUCUACUACAUGGUUUGUGGCAAACUCUAAACAGGACUUUUAUGGCUUCCUUUCAACAAUGGCUUUCUUCUGGCCACUCUUCUAUAAAGGCCAGAGUUUUGGAAUGCAGCAGUAGUUGUUCUGUCAACCAAAUUUCUCCUACCUGAGCCAUGGAUCAAUGCAGCUACUCCAGAGUUAACAUUAGCCUUUUGCUGCUUCUCUGAUUAUUGCUCUCUUUGUUCAGCCUGUUAGUUUAGGUGGACAGCCAUGUCUUGGUAGGUGACUUCUGUAAGCUAGAUUGGAUUUUAUUUAGGUAUAUGAGAGUAAGGGGAUGCUAAAUACAAAUGCUCACCACAUUUCCAGACAUGUAAUUGUAAAAUAUUGUUUAACAUCUUAUAAAGAAUGUAUUUUACUUCCACUACACUGUUAUGAGCUAUUUUGUGUUCAUUUGAAUUUGAGUUUGUGGUUGUAACAUUAUGACAAGUGAAAAAGCCAACACAUUUGCUUAAUAAAAGUCCACACCUCUGA